AUGCACUUCACCUCCAUGAUCGCUCUGGCCUUCGGCCUCGCUGCCUCUGCAUCCGCCGCCUCGGUCGCAGCACCAUCAUACUCCAACACCACCGUACCAACCUACCCAGUCAACGGCACCUCGACAGGCUCCCCAAGCCCAAGCGGCACUGGUGCUGGUGGCUCAAACGGCACUCCUUUCGAGGGCAGCGCCAGCAGACUCUCGACCGGUGUUGUCGGUCUCGUGGUUGUUGGCGGUCUCGCCAUGGCACUUUAA